CGGAACUCGAAUUUAAACGCUCCGCCUUCUUGUGACUUCAGAACUAUCCCGAACAUUCGAAAAAUUUAUCGAAUUAAUUACGAAGAUAAGAUUUACUUAGAAAACGCAAAGAGCUAUGUUAUCAUCUGAAAAUUAUAAUAAUUCUCUGUUAUAUCUCUUUCUUUGAUAUAACUUUUCUAUUUUCAUAAUGCAUACAAUUGAAUUAACGCUAUAUAAUGAACAGUAAAUCGACAACCGGAACUACAGUGUAGUAUAGUAACUAUUUCCGGAAUUUCAAGCAAAUAUGAUAUGAUGCUACGUUGACGUAUACAUAGAUAAUUGCAGAUUCUACGUCUUGGUUACUAUUAUUACUAUGGAUAAAUAACCUUUUUUUGAAGCAUUUUACGUCUUAUACAAAAUGACGGUCGAUAUUGUCGAAUUAUUAAAAGAACCGAGAAUCAUAAAAAUCUGCGCGCCAAUGGUUAGAUAUAGUAAAUUACCAUUUAGAAUGUUAGUCAGACGAUAUGAAUGUGAUAUUUGCUUCACACCUAUGAUAGUGGCAAAUUCAUUUGUGAAAUCGGCUAAAGCUAGAGACAGUGAAUUUUCAACAAUAGAGGAAGAUACUCCGCUUAUUGCACAGUUCGCAGCCAACAACGUAGCAGAUUUCUCUAAUGCAGCAGAAAUAAUUGCUCCUUACUGUGAUGGAGUUGACUUAAACAGUGGUUGCCCGCAACGGUGGGCUAUAAAUGAAGGAUAUGGUGUAGAUAUGUUAAAACAUCCAGAACUUGUAAAAGACAUAGUAUCUCAAGUUAGAAACCGUGUGUCUCAUCCCUUCACUGUUUCUGUAAAAAUACGUGUAUUAAAAGAUAUUCGUAGAACGGUUGACUUUUGUCAAACACUAGAGAAAGCUGGUGCGUCAUUUUUAACUGUACAUGCAAGAACACCUGAAAUGCGUUAUGAACCUAUACAUUUAGAUGAUCUUAAAAUUGUUAGAGAUAGUGUACAAUUACCUCUUAUUGCUAAUGGAGAUGUGAAAAAUCUAGAAAAUGCACAAAAAUUAUAUGAAGCAACUAAUUGUCAAGGAGUAAUGAGUGCAAGAGGUAUUUUAGCAAAUCCAGCUCUUUUUUCAGGAUAUACAACUACACCACUUAGUUGUAUUCAAGAUUGGAUAGAUAUUACAGCUAGGAUUGAUACACAUUUUUUAUGUUUUCAUCACCAUUUAGUAUUUAUGACUGAGAAAAUUUUAUCAAAAAAGGAUAGAGUAUAUCUUAAUAGUUUGAAAACCAGACAAUCUGUUUUAGAAUUUCUUGGAAAUCAUUUUGAUAUAACACCAAGCCCAUCUUAUGAUAUAAUAGAACAAAUAUUUUGUGAUGUUGAUGAAAGUAAUAUUGCAUAUGAUAAUGAAAAGCAUGCCAAAAAUAAACAAAAUAUGGAAUGUAAUAAUAUAUAUAUUGAAAGAGAUCAAUCAGAAAUACCUAAUUAUCUUUUAGGAGAUUUAUUUCAAGAAGCAUAGGAUUUUCUAUUUAAUUAAUACAUUCCACUGUGAAGAAAUAAUUUUAACACAGAACUAUACUAUGUAUAGUUUUAAAGUAUUAAGUCAUUUUUUUUAUUUUUAUAAAAUAUGAUACCAAUGCAAAACAAUUGUUUGUACAUAGAAAUAUAUUUUAUCUUUUAAACGAAAUUAAAA